AUGUCUGAACAGACAAGCGCAAGCUCACCGCAACCAACGUUGGACCACAUCGUGAUCCUCGUCUCGGCCAGCGAUUUGCUACAACUCCCCGACCGCCUCAAGGACUCAUUCGUUGUCAGCCCUGGAGGAACUCACGCUGGAGGCCAGACGUUCAACAAGCUGAUUCUCUUUGAAGAUGGCGUUUACAUUGAACUCAUCGCGUUCGCCGAGGGCAUCAGCCCCGAAGAGCGGGUAAAGCACAGAUGGGGCCGUCAGCGAGAGAAUACCAUUGUGGACUGGGCAUACACUUUGCCUCACGAGGGCGACUUUGGAGCCGUCCAGCAACGAGUCAGAGACGCAAAGGCGGGAUUGACGUAUAAGGAUCCCGUUCCCGGCGGCCGGACGAGACCAGACGGAGUUGUUUUGAAGUGGGCGAUUGGAGCUCCUCAAGAUGAUAAUGGUAAUGAGAUAGAGCCCGGCCUUUUGCCCUUUUGGUGUCUAGACAGAACACCACGAAGCAACAGGGUGCCGUACCAGGAGGACAAGGCACAGACACAGCAUCCCUCUGGUGCUCGCGGAGUCUCUCGGGUGCGGCUCAACGUGCCCCAGGAGCAGCUGUCUGCCCUACAGAGCGUCUAUGAUGCUAUUCACGACGUUGACAGCGCAGCGAGGGGCGAAGACGAGUGGACGUUUAGCACUCCAGAUUCAUCGGCCAAGGCACGGCAUACGUUGGGGGUGGCUUCGGAGACCGGGCCCAAGAUUAAGCUGGCUUUCCAGGGGAGCGUGGGAAGUCCUUCGUUUUUGGAGAUUUUGCCCGGCAUAGUGGUCAAGUUUGAGGCUUGA